UUUACCAACAUCAGGGAGCGCUGUUUUCAGUGUGAUAUCUUUUAAAACACUUCUUUCCACAGACAGUUGAAAGUGUAAGUUCGAAGUUCGCGUGUUAUUCUCAGUUUUAACGUUUAUGUAGCGUCGUUUUUAUUUUUUCAAAAUAGCCUUGGGUCAGUCUUAGGGGACGUUCACACCAAACUAGCCGCUCUGUUCUGUCUUGAGACACCUGUGCUCGUUUUAGCAAAGUACGUGUUCCGUGUAAACGGCCCCUUAGAUCUACAUAGUCGUCAAAUGCCUAUGUAUAUUUGGAAAGCAGUAUUAUCUGAGCUGAUGAGAACAACUUAAAACAUUGGGGGAAAAAAGUCACAUGCCUCAUAAGCUCUCAUAAUGUUCGUGCAUACGGUUAUUUGUGCUGUGCUGGCCUUGAGCGUCAGACCCGGCGAGUUUUUUCCUAACUACAUAUAUGACUACAUGGAUGAGGACUUGGCUACCUUCGACUAUUACAAAGGGACGGAUGAAUUUGAUGAGAGGAACAGGACGGAGGAGGAGUGCGACGAGUGUGCACCGGAGCUGUGUCCGCUCACGCAGGGCUGCAGAGCGGGGCUUGUGAAGGACCGCUGCGGCUGCUGCUCUGAAUGCGCAAAUCUAGAGGGACAAACCUGUGAUCUCGGACAGAGAAGCGUCUACUAUGGACUGUGUGGAGACGGGUUGGAGUGCAAGGUGGACAGGUCGGAUGGAGUCGAAGAAGAGGAGAAAGAACCUCAGUGUGUAUGUGCGUCUCAGAAAGCUCUGUGUGGGUCAGAUGGAGAGACUUACAGGAAUCUCUGCAAGUUCAAAGAAGCGGCUUUCCUAAAACCUGGACUUAAUGUGAGCGAUGGGCCAUGCAAGACAGUCCCCAUCAUCAAGGUGCCUCCACAUAAUCUGGUUAAUGUCACAGGCAGCAGUUUAGCAUUUCUGUGUGAGGUUUUUGCAUUUCCCAUGGCACUAGUGGAAUGGAGGAAAGAUGGAAAAGAAGUCAUCUUACCUGGCGAUGAUCCCCACAUAUCUGUUCAGUCGCGAGGUGGCCCUCAGAAGUAUGAGCUCUCCAGCUGGCUGCAGAUUGAAGAGGCUAGUCAGAUGGAUUCUGGCACAUACAGGUGCAUCGCAAGAAAUGAGCUUGGCCACGUCUCAGCCACUGCAAUUUUAGGGGUGCUGCCACCAGAUGAGAUGGUUGCCUAUUUGGAGCAAAACAUGAAUGCAAUGAUGGGCUAUGACCAAUUACAGGACUACGACAGUGAUUAUUACUAAACUUCAGAUCCAAAAAUAGCCCCAAGACAACCAAAAGUUUUUUUUACUGAUUCAGACUUUACAAUUUAACACUCGGCAAACUCAGGCAACAACUGCAUACAACCAUGGCAAUGGUCGGGAAGAGGCCUGAGUGAAUUUUGUAAAAUUCUGUGAAAAUCACAGAAUGAGACGACUGCAGUAGUGAGUCAGCCAGUUCAGGGCUCCUGCAAGCUCUGAGGUACAGUAUAGAGAGUGUUUGGCAUGAAUGUCUCUUUUGUUUCAAUCCCCUGUGACCAGUUGGAUAACAAAACACUCAAAGUGAGAAAGACAUGAGGAACUGAAGAGAAAACUUUGAGAGUGUUCCAAGUCUUCUGAAAAGCAUCAUGCUUUGUGCACAAUCCUAUCAGCACUGUUUGGUGCUUUCUGUUGUCACAUUUGUGUUGGGGUUUUGUCCAAGUAGCAACUCAGAUUAAUUUCAAAAUACUUCUUUAUUCUAUUUGAAGAGGAAUGUGUAUCAGCCUCUGAGUUUAUGUAUGUUUCCACAUGUGGCAUCCCUCUUUUACCAGGUUUCCCUUUGAAUAUGUGUGUGUGUGUUAGAUUUGGGUUAGCCAGUUGAGCCCACAGCUGGCUUUAAUAUACCUUUAUGAUCUCCUGUCUUUGGACAUAAAUGCAGGCAUCCUAUUCUGUACAUGUGCUCACAAGUUGCACUGAGAGGUCUUCUUUUGAUGAAAAUACAACAAACACCAUCAAGCUGCUUAUUGAUAUAUAAAGCUCUCUAAUUUGAACUUGUCUCAGAGGAGACCUGCAUUCAGCGGAGAGGCUGUCUUCAGGCCUGCCCUCUCAUGAUGUUCUCUGGUGUCUUUAACUCAGUAACAGCUAUGUAAUUUUAGGUUAGGUUUUGAUACCUCAUUAUUUAAAGUGUGUAAAAGAUUAAAAUUUUGACAUGCAAUGUGGCUCUUGUAAUAUUGUUUCCAACAUAAAAAACCUCUAAUUAGAGAAUUGGUGAAACUUUUAAGGAUGUUUUUACAUGCAUGUACUGUACUGUAAUUUUACUGUAAAAGUAAAUAAACUAAAACUGUA